CCGUGGAUGGCACAGUCGUCCCACGAGCAGAACCAAAACAAAGACCCGUACGGCCAAUCGGCCGAAAAUUCCCCAGUCCUGGCCUCUUAGCCCCAACCCUAACCCUAGCCAAUCGCAUUCCCAUGGACGACGACGCCGGCGACGCCUCGCCGCCGCCGGGACCUGCCCUCCUUGCUGCCACAGGCGCCCCGUCGUUGCGUGACAUGGCGGCGUCCCCUACCAGCUCGCGCUCCGUGACGGAGACGGUGAACGGCUCCCACCGCUUCGUGAUCCAGGGCUACUCCCUCGCCAAGGGGAUGGGCGUCGGGAAGCACAUCGCGAGCGAGACCUUCACCGUCGGGGGAUACCAGUGGGCUAUCUACUUCUACCCAGACGGGAAGAACCCGGAGGACAACUCGGCCUAUGUUUCCGUCUUCAUCGCGCUCGCUUCCGAGGGCACUGACGUCCGCGCUCUCUUUGAGCUCACGCUGCAGGACCAGAGCGGCAAGGGCAAGCACAAGGUCCACUCCCAUUUCGAUCGCUCGCUCGAGUCUGGGCCCUACACCCUCAAGUACCGAGGCUCCAUGUGGGUAGAGGGGAAUGAAGAGGCAGAGUUGGCUGGAAAGAAGAGACUUGAGAUGCUUCAGAACUAGUUCAUCUUUUUGCCUAAUCUCAAUAGUAGCACACACAUCCUCUUGUAUAAAAGGUUUAUCCCUUAACAUCUUAUAUCUAAUAAGAAGAGGUAAAUCCAACUUCUUGUGCUAGUGCCAUCAGCCCAUUACUAUAGUUUUGUCACUGCAAUGCUGUAGUCUAAUAGUAAACUUAUGCUUUUACUUUUACAUGCUUUUAUUGUAAAGCAUAAUGUCACUUGAUUAGGUUGCUGACUGGAUAUUCUUGGGUUUACAUACGUUGACAGAUUGUUUGGUUGGUGAAUUUGUUGCCAUUUAUAAUAUGUUUAUUUGGUUGUGUUUAAGACGACAUCUUCUGUUACUGGUGUAAUUCCUUGGUGGACUGUAUUGUGUGAAAGGCAAUGUGUUUGGAAUGACCCUUCUUUAUACCAUGGAACCGAACUGCUUUAAUAGUCAAUCUUGAGUACUUGUGUCCUUACAACAUGUUAUGAUAUUUAUUCACCUAUUCUUUUUGUUGAGUUUCACUUCAUUUGAAUAGUUGUAUGUUGAAGUGUGCUUGUACAGUUUAGGACAUCACGAAGUAACCUUUGGUUUAAAUGAAAGAGCUGUUACCCCCAGUCUCAUUUCCACGAAAUCAGAGAUUUCUGUUUGGUAACCGAAAUGUUCUGGAAAUAAAAACAAAGCAAUAGCUCUUGCUUGACAGUGCCUUCAGGCCACUAGCAUGAUGAGCUCAGAUUCUCAAGCCCAUUAAUACUUACAUUCAUAUUCUUUCUGAUUUGCUGCCAGCUCCUGUAGAUAUGCAUUUCAGGCAAAAAACAUAGGAGUUCCAAAUGUUGGACCAUAGUAAUAAUAUAAACAAUGAUUAAAAUUAUAUCACAGAACUGUACUUCUCAUGGUGGUAUGUCACUGGCGUUGGGAGGCUCAGGUCUUGUUUUUUAAUCUUGACAACUGCAAUAGUGUAGCUUUUCAGUUAUUUUCAUUCCCAAGUUCAAACUAUAAUUAGGAAAAAACUGUUUUUUUUUCUUUUUCUUUUAAAUCUGCUUGCCAGUGGUAUCUGGAAACUUUGGUGUCCUAUGUUUUCCUUUUUGUUGAUAUGAAAUAUGAACCUUGGAUGUGAUGUAAC